GUAAUUCAAUUCAAUUCCGUUUUCUCCUGACUUAUCUUCCUUAUCUUCCCUCUCCACCGACUUUCUGCUCCAACUCUCUCUCAUUUUCAAAAACAAAAAUCUCGCUCACUCUUCCACUCUCUCAGCUGCCACAAACACAAGCCCCACAACGAAAAGGAAGAUGAAUAUGCAAGCAUGGAGAGCAGUCUCAUGCCUCCCAAGUACAUUGCGCUCUGGGUAUGAACUGGAGCCCUCCUCCUCGCCAAUUGUGAAGAAGAGUAGUUGGCUCAUGAGCAAAUGAAGCAUGUCGAAGCUUGAAAAAACAUGAUAUCUUCCUCUUCAUUCUCAAACGUAUUAUUCCUCACACGCCACUCUCUUCAUUUCUAUUCGCCUUAUUCUCUAUUCUCUUGCAAAGCUCUUAUUCACCACAUCUCAAACGCACUUCUCCAAUUUAACCCCAAACUCUUGAACCCCCAUUUUGUUUCCAAAUUACAGCCCAACCAUGUCCACCACAUCCCUCUCAGCCUCCAAUCCAACUCCAUUUGCACCCAUCACUUGCUUGAUUGGUCCCGCAACUCUCUCGGCUUACACCACUCCCAGCAGGCCUUUUGUGCCCUUAUUCAUCUGCUGCUCCGUCACCGAAAGCUGGCUCCGGCUUCACAUCUUUUCGAUACAAUGGUAUGCCAAUUUGGGACUCAUUUUCACUUUUUUGCUGCUUUUUCUGAGAUUUCUCCCGAUUAUGCUUCGGAUUAUAGUGAUCUUUAUAGCUUUCUGAUUGAGAACUUUUGUCGGAAUGGGAUGCUAGAUUCGUCUAUUGAAACAUUCAUUCAUAUGUGUAAAUUGGGAGUUCCGGUGUCUCCUUAUGUGUUAUCUAGAAUGUUGACUUUUUUGGUUGAUUCAAAUCGUAUCCAUGUGAUUCUUGAUUUAUAUGGACAAGUGUGUAAAGCAUUGAGAGGACAGUGUUUCUGUGUGUAUGAGUUUGUUAUGGUUGCUCUUCUAAACAAGGGUAAAGUUGAAACGGGUUUGGAUUUUCAUUCUGCUGUGAUUGAAAGAGGCUUUGUGGUUGAUGUUGUUGCUUGUAACAAGAUUUUAAAGCGUCUUUGUAAAGAAAAUCUGAUUGGAGUUGGGGAAGAUUUCUUUAAUGUAUUGAUAAUGGGUGGUCCUGCGCCAAAUGUGGUGACAUUCAGCACGAUGAUUAACGCGUAUUGUAAGGAUGGGAAAUUGGAGGAGGCCAUUAAGCUUUAUAAGGUUAUGAUAGAGAAGGGUGUCAGCCCUGACUUGGUUGUAUAUAGUAUUCUAGUUGAUGGUCUUUUUAAGGCAGGGAAAUUGGAGGAGGGGCUUCGACUUUUUUCAGAGGCAUUAGAUAGCGGCAUUAGGUUGGAUGUAGUCAUUUUCAGUUCCGUUAUGGAUGCCUAUGUGAGAAUUGGAGACUUGGUGAAGUCAGUGGAGGUCUACGGAAGAAUGCUGAAAGAAGGGAUCUUGCCAAACCCUGUUUGUUACACCAUUCUUAUAAAUGGUAUGUGUCAGGAUGGUAAGGUCAUGGCGGCUUGUGGCAUAUUCGGUCAGAUUGUGAAGUGUGGUUUUGUGCCAUCCAUUCUAACUUACAGUAGUUUGAUUGAUGGAAUGUGCAAAUUGGGGAAUUUAAAGGAUGCAUUUUACUUGUAUGAGAGUAUGAUCAAGACUGGCUAUGAACCUGAUAUUAUUCUUUAUGGUGUGCUAGUAAACGGCCUUUGCAAACAGGGGCUGAUGGGUGAUGCUCUUAGGUUCUUCUUUCAGGCUGUUUAUAGGGGUGUAAAGCCCAAUGUCUAUACUUUUAAUAUGUUAAUAGAUGGUUGCUGUAGAUUAAAAAGACUAAGUGAUGCUUUGAAGGUGUUCAUCCAAAUGGGAGUUUAUAACAUAAAACCUGAUAUGGUGACGUAUACUGUGAUUAUUAAGGGUAUCUCUGAAGUAGGGAGAUUAAAAGAUGCGUUAGUAUUUUUCUUCCAAUCAUUAAAGAAGGGGUUCUUGCCUGAUGUUGUAACGUAUUGCACACUAAUUGAUGGUUGCUGCAAGCAGAAACAUGUGUAUUAUGGACUCUGGAUUCUAGAGAUGAUGCGAAGAAAUGGAGUAAGUCCUGAUAUUGCCAUUUAUAAUGUUCUCAUUAAUAUGCUUUUCAAAGAAAGUUAUUUAGAAGCUGCACAAGAACUCUUUGAGCAACUUACUGAAAGUGGGCCAGAACCUGACAUUGUUACGUACAACACAAUGAUUUGUGGUUAUUGCUCUCUGAGAAGGUUAGAUGCAGCUGUUCAUCUUUUUCAAAAGCUGAUACAGGGACAGUGUAAACCCAAUGCCAUUACUUGUACUAUACUGAUUGAUGCUUUUUGCAAAGAAGGUAACAUGGAUGAUGCCAUGUUGAUGUUUGAUAAAAUGCUGGAAAAGGAUCCUGAACCUAAUUUGGUCACAUAUAGUUGUCUUAUUGAUGGUUAUUUUAAAUCUGAAAACAUGAAAAGUGCAUUUGAACUGCACGAAGAGAUGCUUAAAAACAUCUCUCCCAAUAUAGUCAGUUAUAGCAUCCUCAUGGAUGGUCUUUGCAAGAGAGGACUAACGGAGAGAGCAUCCCUUGUGUUUCAUUGUGCUAUAGAAAGGGGUUUGGUGCCUGAUGUAAUAGCAUAUGGGAUUCUGAUUCGAGGUUACUGCAAGGUAGGAAGAAUGGCAGAAGCCCUCAUUUUGUACGGCCAUAUGUUAAUUAGUGGCAUCAUGCCGGACGCUGUCAUACAAAGGACGAUCACUGAGCAUAUUCUUGAAGCUGAUCAACGGAAAUAAUCGACCGCUCAACCGCAUGAUCUGCAGAUAAGAUCUGUUCUGUAAUACAGUGUGCCACUUGGAGCCUGCGUGGUCACCUUUUUGCACCCUUUACCUAUCUGGUACUACCUACUAGCUAAUUGUUGUACUAACACCAUAAUUUUCUAAGCCCGGGUGAGUUCAUGUUGUUUCUCAUUCAAAUUAUUAGUUACGUAUAUGUCUAUAUACAUUUCUUGAUCAUUUUGCUGAUAAUAUUAUCAGAAUUAUUGCUUAGAGCUUCAAUUUCUCAGGUUCUGCUUAGUGUGUCUUUUAAUUUUCUAGUCUUAGUAGGAAUAGGAGUUUCACUUUAAUCAAUUGUUGUAGAAAGCAUUUGAUAAAAAUAAAGCAGUAAGCCCAUAAAGCCUGAAAAUUCCCAUUUUGCUUGAAGUUUAUUAUUGGAUAUCAUGUGACAAGCUUCAAAACUAUGAUCUAGUUAGCUACAAGAUCAUUUUCCAGUUAUGAGAUUACUGUGGAUUAGAAAUUGGUUAGCUGUAUAAUUUAUGGUUUGGGCAAGUAGUAGUAGCUUAUGAUUACAAUAUUAGGAAUUCAGGUUCUAGCAUUUUGUAAAUUAAUGUAGGAUCUGUUCCUGUACAAUCAAUACAUGCUGCUACUAGUGCUCAUUUCGAAAAAAAUGUGAAUGAUUUGGUUGGGGAAUCUACCUGUCAAGUAAGAAGCUGCGUUUUAUCGUUGCAGGAUAUCAAUUACUUUCAAACUCUGUUAUCGUUUCAAUUACUUUUAAACUCUGUUAUCGUUGCAGGAUUUCAAUUACUUUCAGAAAAAUGGAUAAUAGCAAGAUUCCAUACUUUUUUUUUCACAAUCCCGAGCUUCGGGAAAUUAAACCUUUUGUUCAUUCUCCCUUUGCCAAAUAAAAAAUCCAGCAAGAUGAACAAGGGGAGCCUUAUUCCUAUUUUCCUGUCAAGUCACAAGUUCAACAGAACUUGCAUCAAGACGACGAACUUAACCGUACUGAAUCCAAGAGUGGUAAGAAGCGGAAUAUCAACUCUUCUUUUGUUCUUGAGAAAGAUGAUUUCCCUCCACUUGGCAGUUUAAGUUCUGUGAACAGACGGACCGUCAACAGACGAUGAGUUAUAAUUUUAAUUUUUUUUCUUCUUAGCUUGUAUGUGAUUGCAUAGGGGGUUAAAUUUAUUGUAUCUGGUAAAAUAAUUAAACCGGGUGUUUUCAAAUCAUCCUUCUGUAUCCUUCAAUAAACUGUUUGUAUUUCCUUUUAUCCUUUUUCUUUCUUCCAAAACUUCCUUGUAUCCGUCAAUAAACUCUUUGUACUUGUAAUUGUAACUUUAUAA